GAGUUGGGAUUUCUCCUACAACAAUAUUUCUGUUAAUUAAGGUGGGAAGUGACCAAAAUAUUCACAAAAAAGUUGAAAUUUUUACUUUUUGGAGAAAAAUGGUUUAUUUUUUAGUUCCACGUUUCAUGUGAUUUGAAUUCAAGAUUCUAUUUUUAGCUCUGAAUUUUCGCUUUUGAUCAAGACUGAAGACUGGUUAGUCCUUCUUCAAGCAUGUUUGCUGCAUUUGCUCAAUUUUGUAUGAGGAAGCUCUAGCUGUGCCUAUGGGUAGCUGCGUCUCUAAGCCUAACAGAAAGCUGAAAUCAAAGGCGAAACACAUCUAUAGGUCAUGUAAAAUCCGCAGAAAGACAGCACGUUCGAGUGUCAUAGCGCCUAUAGACCAGCCCCCUGACGAGGGUGUGUGUGCCGAUGAAUUCUGUUUCCAUGAAUACGUUAUGGUCGACGUUCCAAAUGGUGGGACAGCAGUCUGCAGAAGGUAUGAGGUGCAGAGCCCUGAAUUCCAGUUUCCUGAGGUGGAACUGAGCCACAAUCAAGCCGUUACAGACACAGGAAUAUCGCGAGAUGAAGUAUGGUUUGAUACUCUAAGCAUCCUUGAUUCGGAUGCAGAUGAAGAUUUUGUCAGUGUAGUUGGAGACAGUUUCUCAUCCUCAGACAGUCACAUUGGGGGCAACAUCAAUGGCUGUAAUGAACAAAAUAUCGACUCUUACAACUUGACAAACGCUGUUUGUGAUGGUGAUGCAUUAGCCACAAGUAAACUAGGCUUACACCAUUCAGAAGAAACGAAGUGGGGUUCUUGCUCGGCUCAGUUUGUUCCAUCAAUUGACGCGGCUGACAUAAAACAGACCCCAUCUCACCAAGGAGGACCGAUAACUAGAACAAGAAAGAAAUCAGCAGUCACCGUGGUUGCUGUAAGAAGGAAAUCUGAUGAUGGAGAUGCUCCAUCUGGUUUCUGUUCAUCAGAAAAAUAUUUAUACAACCCAAGAGGAGGGUUCCUCAUACCUAAGUCAGUGGGAGAUAAGCCAUCCCGAGGCAGUUGGUGUAACGUCUCGCCUUCUGCUUUCAAACUACGGGGCGAAAAUUAUUUCAGAGAUAAAAAGAAGUAUCCUGCUGCUGACUAUAGCCCUUAUAUACCUAUUGGUGUUGAUUUAUUUGCCUGCCCUCGGAAAAUACAUCAUAUAGCCGAGCACAUUGAACUCCCUAAUGCUAAAUCACACCAUGAAUUUCCUUCACUACUAAUUGUAAACAUACAGCUUCCUACUUAUCCUGCCUCAAUGUUUCUUGGAGAUACUGACGGGGAAGGGAUGAGCCUUGUCGUUUAUUUCAAAGUGUCCGAGAAUUUUUCCUCUGAGACUCCUCCAAAAUUUCUCAACACAUUAAAGAGCUUCGUUGUGAAUGAGAUGGAAACCGUGAAGAGUUUUGCAAAGGAAACCAUUGUUCCUUACAGAGAGAGGCUAAAGAUCAUGGUCAAUCCUGUGAAUCCUGAGGCCCUUGGCUUGAGCUCUGCUGAGAGGAAGCUUCUGCAAGCGUAUAAGGACAAGCCUGUGCUUUCGCGUCCGCAACAUGCUUUCUACAAGGGGCCGAAUUACCUUGAAGUCGACCUAGAUGUGCACCGUUUCAGCUAUCUAUCCAGGAAAGGACUUCAGGCGUUUCGUGACAGGUUGGAACACGGGGUUCUUGAUCUGGGACUGGCAAUUCAGGCUCAGACACCCGAUGAGCUUCCUGAGAGAGUUCUCUGCUGCGUUCGACUCAACAGAGUCGAUUUUGUGAGCGUUGGACAGAUACCUACUCUUGUAACUCAAGACGACGAACAGUGAGCUAUAGGAGGAGAUUCGGCUUCCAUGAAACGAAGAUUUGAGCCUCAAGAAUGCGUUGGAAACUGAUGCCUUUUGAUGGGGUUGAAUCUGAUGGAGAGAAAAAAAUAGGAAAAUUGAAUCUGAAUUGUGUAGUGAGGUGCUGAAGCAGCAGAUAUAAUUGUGUAUCCCAUAUAAGAAUGAUACUCACAAUUAACAAAUAACAAAUCUUGUUUAUUUUCCCUCUUCCAAA